GCGAUCCGCACUCUCUGCUUAAAGGUAAUCCCUUCAGGGAGCACGGCCGGCGGUCCAGCGCGUGGCUCUCGCUAGAUUGGAAUUUGCAGUGCACCGCUUUUGUGGUUUAUCACACCGGAGUUUUCCGAAGCCAACUGCUUGCCUUCCAAAAAAUGGGCACGCUUCAACUAUCCGACCCGCACCAGGGCAUCAAGGAGGAGGGGACUACUGCUGUACGCUGCCCGCUUUGGCGGCAGGUGCAAGAAGACGCGCGCAACAUGAUGAAAGACGAGCCCGCCCUGGCACGUUACUUUAGGAUGACCCUCCUCACGUACGACACCAUGGAACGGGCCCUCGCGUAUCACUUGGCCUGCAAGCUCGGGAACGACUCCGUGUCGAUGGAGACUUGGGACGAGCUGCUGGCGGACGUGCUGGAGGCACACACGGACCACCUGGGCGUGUUUUUCCGCGCCGAUCUAGUUGCCAUCCUCACGAGAGACCCCGCGGCCGAGGGCCCGGCGCACGCCUUCCUGAAUUUCAAGGGGUACCUCGGCCUGCAAGCAAGCCGCAUCGGGCACGUCUUGUGGAAGGAGGACCGCAAGUCUCUCGCGCUGGCGAUCCAGAGCCGCGUGUCGGAGGUGUUCGGGAUGGACAUACACCCCGGCUGCCAGGUCGGGGCCGGGGUAAUGGUCGACCACGCCACCGGCGUUGUUUUCGGCGAGACGGCCGUCGUGGGCGACAACUGCACGCUCCUGCACGGCGUGACUCUCGGCGGCACGGGAAAGAGCCGCGGAGACCGACACCCCAAGCUGGGCUGCGGAAUUUUAGUUGGCGCCGGCUCCAUGAUUCUAGGAAACAUCAGCGUGGGGGACGGCUGUAAGGUAGCGGCCGGGUCCGUGGUACUCAGAAAUUUACCCGCCCAGGUCGUGGCAGCAGGAGUGCCGGCGAAAAUCAUCGGUGUCGCCACAGAGGGAAAGCCAUCGGAAACCGUGGACCAAAACCUCGAGCACGUACGGUACCACAGCAGGGGUGGAAACGGAAACGGCAAGCAGAAUGGGAAAAGUGGCGGUUCAGGGACGGGUGGGGCGGGGGCACCCGAGGACUCGCGAACCGACCCGCGCCGAGGGACUUUGGGCAUCCGAGGGAUCGAAGCCAAGAAGCGCAGCUUCUUGUGAUAAAUGACAGAAAUCGCUGUCGUUUUUCUGCCAAGCGGAGUACAAUGUGUCGCUGUUGUUUGUGGGGUUAGGCGCCACAAAGUGUUUAUUCGUUUUUGUUCCUUGGUUGUAUUGUCGAAACUGGGGAAGGGUUCUUCAAGCGGAGAAGUGAAGAGGGGGGCAUGCAGCAGCUACGACUGCCCUCAAGGACCUUGGCUCGCGCUGCAUUCACCAGUCGUAGUGUGUAUGCAAAUUAGUAUUUGGCAUCUGCAAGGUCGCUCUUUCAAGUCAUGUGGUAGUGAAUCGGGAAAGGAUACCCCUCCUCCCUCAGUUCACAGCCCAGCUUCGCCAGAAGCCACAACGUGUUGGGUCCUCAGGUACUGCUUUCUUGUCGCAGGAGGUGUUUGUGUUGUCUGUAUCUGGGUGCAGGCUGGCCGCGGUAGGUCGAUUGUCGUGUUGCUCAUCGUGUACGCGGCUCAGCUUGCGGCAUCUGUCGCCCCAGCUCUAAAACUCGCGAGAGGGGAGGAUGUUGUGCAUUUGGUUCAGAAGGUGGGCGGCAUGUUUGUUACUUAGCUCGGUUGUAGCCGUGAGUGUACAGGGUAGAACUAGUCUCGGCAAGCUUGAGCUGAAUAUUGUAGUUUCCAGGCCCCCAGGUAAAAUCUGGACGCGAUUUUUGUAUCUUGUCUCGCCGCCAGUCCUGCAUGAUGUCCGGAGGGUGAGUUUCAUAAGGUGAUGGCGCCAUCCAGCGUGAUGUAUUCGUUCGUGUAGGUAGCUGGAUGCAACAGGACAAGGAUGGGCCGUGUUGCGUAGACUUAUGACAAACAAAUGUACCAUGUAGUACCCGUCGGAUCAGACGUAGCUGUUACAGCUAAAGAGGUUUUUGAAGCAUGCAUCUUGUGUUGUUUUGUGCAUCAACCAGACCCAUAAUAACUCGGUGGUUUACAAGCCCAAUGAUGCCGCAGCUGCAGCCUCUGCAACAUUAACCGCCGAAACUCCGAUGCGCUGCAGAAAUUCGAUUGAAGUUUCCUUUGAGAAACCUCUUUGGCCUACCACACGCCCUUUGAUUUUUUCUUUAGGCGGGUGUAGGAAGCGUCCUCCCUUAUUUUAGUUUUUGUUUUAUGUUGAUCGGUUUCCGAGGGCUGUUUUCUCGAACGGUCGGUGCGAUACCUGUUCUUUUCUUCCUAUCAUUUUGUUUUCUUUAUCCGAGUGGUUUGUACCCUAUUU